GCUUAGAGCUGUUUCCUUUUUGCUCCUAGCCUUUCCGUUGUGCACAUUGCCAUUAUUCCUGCAACAUAUCUGGUUCCCUGAAGAGGCAUUACAACAGGAAGCAUCCUAAUGAAGAGUAUGUAAAUGUAGGUUCUGGGGAGCCUGCCGCAGAAGCUCUUAUCCAACAAGGUGGUAUUAAGUGUCCUGUUUGCAGCUUUGUAUAUGGUACAAAAUGGGAAUUCAACAGACAUCUUAAGAACAAGCAUGGAAUGAAGCUUGUGGAACACGAUGGGGAAACAAAGUGGGAGUUAACUGCUGAAGUUUCUGAAGAAGCGUCUACUCAGUAUCUCCAUAUCACAGAGGCUGGAGAAGAUGAUCAAGGUACUCAGGCUGCUGUAGCUGCAUUACAGAACCUUAGAUACACUUCUGAAAACGGUGAAAGACUUGAUCCGGCAGCUGUAAACAUUCUGCAGCAAAUCAUUGAGUUGGGAUCGGAAACCCAUGAUGCCACUGCAGUUGCUUCUGUUGUUACCAUGGCACCUGGAACUGUGACAGUAGUAAAGCAGGUAAGAGCUCUUCUCCAGAACAGCUUUGUUUUGUUUUAGUAUAUUUCUUGUGAA